AUGUCGGGACCUCCCUACAACAACCUCAAGUAUUACACAACCACCACGCCCAAUGGUUUGAAAGGCGCCAUUGUCCUAGAGGAACUAAGUCUCACGUACGACCAUCAGCUCAUCGACAUCACGAAGAGCGCGCAGAAAGAGCCCUGGUUCAUCGAGAUUAAUCCGAAUGGCAGAGUCCCUGCCUUGACGGACGGAGACCUGAAGGUCUUUGAGUCCGGUGCUAUCAUGCUAUAUCUGACCGAUAUGUACGAUCUGGACAAUACUAUUUCGUACAAGUAUGGCACGCCAGAGUAUUACGAAAUGGUAUCGUGGCUGAUGUUCCAGAUGGGAGGAAUCGGGCCGAUGCAAGGACAAUGUCACCACUUCCGCGUCAUGGCCCCGGUUCAUUCUUCCUACGGGAUCAAGCGCUACACGGAUGAAACGAAUCGGCUCUAUGGCGUGCUGGAGUCGCGUCUCUCCCAAGCCGACUGGCUAGCCGGAGACAAAUACACUAUCGCGGACAUCGCAAGUUACUGCUGGAUUCGAGUAAGUCCACUAGUCCUCGACUUCGACCUCAGUGAGUGGCCGAGUGUGGAGAAGUGGGUGCAGAAGAUCGAUGCUAGACCUGCGGUGGCGAGGGCGAAGAAGAUCCCAGCGUCUCCUCGGACAGAAGAGGAGUUGAAGGUAUUCUUCCGGUCGAUGAGGGAUCGACUUGAUGCCAUGAAGAGCUCUGAAAAAGCAAACUCUUGA